UUCAAAAACGCCAUUGUAGUAUGUUACAACAUAAUAAAGCAUAAUAUGUGUCUUAGAAUGCAUUACCUCAAAGAACUUGCUACCGUGUCAAGUCAUGGCAUUUCAGGCUGCAUCUGAAGAAGUAGAACAUCAGUUAUUGCAAUCCACAUCAAAACCUAUUACAAAUAUAAAUGAUAUUGGUAAUAUCGUUGAUAAAUCGUUUUUAAAUGAUACCGAUACAAAACUUGUGCUUACUAAUCCGUGGGUCCCAGAUACAAAGUAUAACUUUCCUAUAUUUGAAUGCAAUAAAAAACGUGGACUGAAAUUCCAACAUAAGUGGCUUCAUGAAUUUAAAUGGCUUUGUUAUUCAGAAAUUAAAAGUGGUGCUUUCUGUAAACACUGUGUUUUAUUUGCAAAGAGUGGUGGUGUUGGAAGUCAAUGUUAGGGAAACUUAGUAACUGAACCCUUUACAAACUGGAAAAAGGCUAAAGAGGUUUUUCGAUAUCAUAUGAAUUGUAAAUAUCAUUUGUCAGCAGUUCUUGAUUCUGAGCAUUUUUUGAAGUUUUUAAACAAAGAAAAACCAUC